UUUAAAUUGAUUUGUUUUUUUCUGUUCAAUUUCUAUCAAUUGAUUGUCGUUAAUUGUGUAAAUCUAACGAAAGAGUAACCGGUUAAGUUGGAACAACCUUAAUUCCCCCUUUACCUGUUUCUCUGUUUCUCUUUUCUCCCCUUUGAUGUGUUUUCCUUUCUCUGGUUCUUAUAAAUACUAAUAUUAAUUAAAUCAACUGAGUGAUUUUAGUUACAAAUCAAUUACCAUUUGGAUCAAUAGCUUCCGAUCAAUUUGUUAAUCAUCGUUAAAUUAUAAUCACCAUGGGCCAUAGAAGGAAAAUCAGUUCAACCUCAGAGUUUCGUGAGUUAACAAAGAAAGAUGCUCCAGCUCAAUUGGCUAACGAAUUGGAUAAACUAUUAGCUCCAGUUUCAUGUCCACAACAGCGACAAAUUUUGGAAAGUGAAUUGUUCGGUUUUAAGAGGUUAUUUGCCAAAUUCUUGGAAGGUACUGGACCUUCACUUUUGUGGGAGAAAAUUGAACCCUUACUACCUGGUGCCAUUGUGAAUUAUGAUACCUUGGAAACACCAACAGCUCUAGAGAUUCGUGAAUUAUUAUCUAAACUGGUUGUGGUCAAAUUAAAUGGUGGACUAGGUACCUCAAUGGGCUGUAUUGGACCCAAAUCAUUGAUACCUGUUCGUAAUGAGUUAACCUUUCUUGAUCUUACCGUUCAAAAUAUUGAACAAUUGAACAAAGAGUAUGGUGCUGAUGUACCUCUGGUUUUAAUGAAUUCUUUCAACACUGAUGAAGAUACACAAAAAGUUUCCAGAAAAUAUCGUGGAUUUAAAAUUAAAAUUUACACUUUCUUACAAAGUAGAUUCCCAAGAUUGAAUAGGGAAACAUUACUUCCCAUCGCAUCUUCAAUAGACAGUGACCCAGAGGAUUGGUAUCCACCAGGUCAUGGUGAUUUCUAUGAGAGUUUCUCAAAAUCAGGUUUACUAGAUGAUUUCAUCGCACAAGGUAAAGAAUAUGUUUUCGUGUCCAACAUUGACAAUUUAGGAGCAACCGUUGAUUUGAAUAUAUUAAAAUCACUAUUGGAUCAAAAUCGAGCCAAUAGACCAACCUUUGUAAUGGAGGUGACCGAUAAAACUCAGGCUGAUGUAAAGGGUGGUACUUUAAUCCAGUAUGAAAGUAAAUUGCGAUUACUUGAAAUUGCCCAAGUUCCAAAGGAGCAUGUAGAUGAAUUUAAAUCGGUUAAAAAGUUUAAAAUUUUCAAUACCAACAAUUUAUGGGUUAGUUUAAAGUCAAUUGGUGAUUUACUCAAAAGUGAUCGUCUCAACAUGGAGAUUAUUGUUAACCCGAAAACUUUGGACAAUGGUUUAAAUGUUAUCCAAUUGGAAACUGCCGCUGGUGCAGCAAUGAAAGAAUUUGAAAAUGCCAUUGGAAUCAAUGUUCCCCGAUCACGUUUUCUACCUGUUAAAAAGACUCAAGAUUUACUUUUAAUCAUGUCUAAUUUAUAUUCUCUUCAUCAAGGUUGCCUUAUAAUGAAUCCCGCUCGACCUUUUCCCUCAGUUCCAUUAGUUAAAUUGGGUGAUGCUCAUUUUGCUAAAAUUCGAGACUUUUUAUCAAGAUUCGCAUCGAUUCCUGAUAUGCUUGAACUGAAUCAUUUAACAGUUUCAGGCGAUGUUACCUUUGGCCGAGGAGUUAAAUUACAAGGAACUGUAAUUAUUAUCGCUAAUCAUGGAGAUCGUAUUGAUAUACCUGCUGGAUCAGUUUUGGAGAAUAAAAUUGUCUCUGGAAAUCUAAGAAUUUUAGAUCAUUAAUCAAUUGGUUGAUCUUUAAUUGACAAAAAUCUCUCGCUCACUGUCUCAAAGCCAACAAAUGUUAAAUUUUAGUAAUGAAAUUGUUAUUUGUCAACCUUAAUUGUUACCAUUUAGAUUUUUGUUCCUCUUUUUAAAUUAUUAUCUAUCGAUAUCAUAACUUUUCCCCUUUGUAUUAUUAACCAGUCUAUUAAUUGUUUCCUUUAUCUCCCCAUCUAAUUUUAAAUUAAUAAUACGUUAAUAUUAGAAUGAUGAAAA